UCCUCGAAGCCCAAUAUGCUUUAUGACUAAUACUUCCUCCUCAAUUCACGCCUCACUUUUACCAGAGAUAUAAUAGUUCACCUCCUUUCUCCAUUUCAAGUUCUACCCCCCGCAAGGCCGCAAUGAAGACAGAAACAUCUGCAAAUGCAUCCUCAAGUGCCUUGAAGUUUCAGUUGCGCUCCUCUAAAGAGCAAGAAAAGAUUUCUGCAUCUGACAUUGUCAUGAAGGAAAGUCCGUUGAAUUUGUUGCAAUCUCUGUGUGAUGGUGCUGUAGCUGGAGCUGUUGCGGGCAGUGUGGUAGAAGCAGCCUUAUAUCCGAUAGAUACAAUUAAAACUCGGCUGCAGGCAGCCCAUGGUGGUGGCAAAAUCAUUUUUAAAGGCCUCUACUCCGGAUUGUCUGGAAAUUUGGUUGGUGUUUUACCGGCUUCUGCGAUAUUUUUGGGUGUGUACGAGCCACUAAAGCAGAAAUUGUUAAAGACUCUCCCUGAGAACUUCAGUGCUCUGGCUCAUCUGUCUGCAGGUGCCAUUGCAGGAGCUGCCUCAUCUAUUGUCAGAGUCCCAACAGAGGUUGUGAAACAAAGGAUGCAGACAGGUCAAUUUGCUACAGCCCCUAAUGCAGUGCGCAUGAUUGUUUCUAGAGAGGGCUUCAGAGGCCUUUAUGCGGGUUAUGGAUCCUUUCUACUGCGUGAUUUGCCUUUCGAUGCCAUGCAAUUUUGUAUUUAUGAGCAAAUAAGGAUUGGUUAUAAACUAGCAGCUAGGAGGGAACUGAAUGACCCUGAAAAUGCUUUGAUUGGUGCUUUUGCAGGAGCUAUAACAGGAGCUAUAACAACGCCUCUUGAUGUGAUCAAGACACGACUGAUGAUUCAGGGGUCUAGAGAGCAGUACAAGGGCAUAUAUGACUGUGUGAGGACCAUACUGAGAGAAGAAGGAAGUCAUGUAUUUUUUAAGGGCAUUGGACCAAGAGUUGUAUGGAUUGGAAUCGGAGGCUCAAUAUUUUUUGGUGUCUUGGAGAAGACGAAGCAAAUUUUGUCCAAAGGCCAGCCCAAGAUUUGAUCCUCCCAAACUGCGAAGAAGCAUCUCACUCUUAAUUUUUAUUUUUGUAGGAAAUUUUGUAUCUUAUUGUGAUAUUGAAACUUAUAGUUGGUAAAGUCACGAGGUGAUGCUAAAACCAACUGUAGAAAAAUGUUAUAUCCUACAGUAAGGAUGAAUUUGUAGCUAGUCCGUCAAGAGUUUUAGGUAACAAGAUGCUUGUUGUUGUGAGAAACUAUUGUUAAUCAAUGAUCCUCAACUAAUUCAAUAAAACACCAACUCGAUAUUUCCCAA